CUGUCCGUGGUUCUGAAGGCGAGAGGCGUUAAGAGUGCGCGGUGUUCGCCAGAGUGCACGUCUCAGCUGCUGAAGUCUUGACAUGAUUCAGACAAGGCUGCAUUCUGUAGCUUUUUGGGGAUUCAUUGCGUGGGAAAUUGCAGUUUUGUUCAGUCUGGUGGCCACGAAGGAUCCUGAGAGCCCUCGGGGGAGAGCGAUGCCCAUGUCUCCCUCUGAUUUCCUGGACAAGCUCAUGGGACGAACCUCAGGCUACGAUGCUAGAAUUCGGCCUAACUUUAAAGGUCCUCCUGUGAAUGUGACAUGCAACAUUUUCAUCAACAGUUUUGGCUCUAUCGCAGAGACGACGAUGGAUUACCGCGUGAACAUCUUCCUGCGGCAGCAGUGGAACGACCCUCGGCUGGCGUACAGCGAGUAUCCGGACGAUUCCCUGGAUCUGGACCCGUCCAUGCUGGACUCCAUCUGGAAGCCUGACCUGUUCUUCGCCAACGAAAAAGGGGCAAACUUUCAUGAAGUCACCACGGACAACAAGCUCUUGAGAAUAUUCAAAAAUGGCAACGUCCUGUACUCUAUAAGGUUGACUCUGAUACUCUCAUGCCCCAUGGAUCUGAAGAACUUUCCCAUGGAUGUGCAGACGUGUAUUAUGCAGCUGGAGAGCUUUGGAUACACGAUGAACGAUCUAAUCUUCGAGUGGCAGGAAAGUGGACCCGUGCAGGUUGCCGAGGGACUGACCCUUCCACAGUUCAUCCUGAAAGAAGAAUCUGACCUCAGAUACUGCACCAAACAUUACAACACAGGCAAGUUCACGUGCAUCGAGGUGCGUUUUCACCUGGAGAGGCAGAUGGGCUACUACCUGAUCCAGAUGUACAUCCCCAGCUUGCUCAUUGUCAUCCUGUCCUGGGUUUCCUUCUGGAUCAACAUGGACGCUGCUCCCGCACGCGUUGCCCUUGGGAUAACCACCGUGCUCACCAUGACGACGCAGAGUUCCGGCUCCAGAACAUCCCUGCCUAAGGUCUCCUAUGUUAAGGCCAUAGACAUCUGGAUGGCUGUAUGUCUGCUGUUCGUUUUCUCUGCCCUGUUGGAAUACGCUGCCGUUAACUUCGUCUCCAGGCAACACAAAGAGCUUCUGAGGUUCCAACGCAGGAGGAGGAAGUCUAACAAGGAGGACACGCAAGAGAGCCGUCUCAGCUUCGCAGCCAGCACAGGGAAAGAAGGCAACAUGUCCAAGGGGACCAAUCACGCGGCCCCAAAUGUCCAGCAGGGACAGGUCUCUGGCCUGGCUGGCCACACCCCUACCACCUGCAGGAGCCCAGAAGAGAUGAGGAAGAUUUUCGUCGACCGUGCUAAGAAGAUUGACACCAUCUCGCGAGCUGCGUUUCCUCUGGCGUUCCUGUUUUUUAACAUCUUCUACUGGGUCCUGUACAAGAUCCUGCGAUAUGAGGACAUCCACAAGGCCUAGAGAUGGGGCCCGAUGGAAUGGGUGGGGGCCUCUGGCACAGAGCCUGCAAACCUGACAGGCAGUUAUACACACGGGACCGAGGGGGCUCCGGACCUAACGACACCCCACACUGAGCAUGAAUAUGUACCACUGCCAGAUAACCAACUUGAUAAGGAGACCAAACGGUCAGCUUCCAUAGUUGUGCUCCCCAUCUUCUUUCACACACUCGCACAGUGAGACACAACUCCACACUAUGCAACUGAAAGACAAUUCACAGAGGCUCUACACCACACAUCCCCAAAACACACAAACACAAAAACACACCAUUUGCUCAGCACCUUCUUGUAUGAGGGAAGCACAUGUAUGGCUUCCUUUCACAGAGACGCAUGUAUCUCAGAGGCUUCUCAUCUCAUGGCUGACCUUCAGAAUUUAACUGCCAGUGUGGAGUCUAUUGGUUUUAAUACAGCAAUGUUAAAAAUAGCUGUUCUAUGACCAUGAAAUCGGAGAACGACCGAUCCUGCACUUCAUUAUAGCAUUAGACCUCAGUUGCAGCCUUGUCGCAGAUACAAGCCGCCUACAUGAAAGGUUCACUAAUUGUUUGUUUGUUUGUCAUAAUUGUACAUAUGUUUUAUUUUGCCUGAAUCUAGAAGGUUGGUGAAGAUGAUUCAGGAGCUGCUGUAUUACUAUGGGCCCAACCGUGGCUUACGGCUCAUGGCUGAAAGUUCAUGAAUAUCAGUUGGGUUUACAUUUCAACGCAUGCAGCGCUGUCUCCGCAGAGAGGAUCACUGCGCCGGUGAACGGCAGGGCCGCAUUGUCUCUGACCACAGCAGUGUCACUGUAACAUUCCCACAGAUGAGCAGCCCAGUUCAGACAUAACCUGAAAUCUUUACCGCUCGAUACAUUAAUGCCAGGCACUGAAAAUCCAGCUGUGUUGGGUCAAUUUGCAUAUUAUCUAAUGCUGCUUUUUCUGGUCUUAAAUAACAGGCUAAUGGCAGAAAGAACCAAACCUUCCUUAAGAAGAAACAAUGUCAUUUUGUUAUGGCAUUUUUCAAAGAGGGAACAUCAUUUUUAAGACUUAGACUAUUGUGUUAUAGAGAUCGGUCAGUGAGUUUGAGUGAGUUUUUGAUCAACUUAACCGACAGCUGCAUGUCUGGUGAAUAUAGAAUAGUGAGAAUAGUGUGAAAUUAGGUAUAGAUAAAAAGCUUACCAUUAGAAAGAUAAUGACCAUAUCAAAUGAAUGAAUGCAUUCCUGAUAUUAAGUAACCAAAAUACAUAUGAAUUUUACCUUCUCUUUAUAGAGGAACUGUGUUUACUACAGGACAGAGAUAGUCUAAAAUCCAUAGUCAGGGUUUUCCCAAGCAAGGAGAGAGAGUCGAGUAGAACUGCCUUCCAAAAGUACACAAAUCAACUCAUUUCAGCUGACACAUUUUCAUAGGAGAGGUGGAGUAAAAUUAAAUAAACAUAUUACACAUUGCAUUACAGUCUAUAAUCAUCAAGAGAAGGCAGCAGAUAGGCCUGUUUGCGCAAAGACUUUGCAGUUUCUCUAUUAUUAUAAAACGCCUUUGUGUUUUCCUUCAUUCACUAAUUCACUUUGAUAGGUUUCAAACUGCUCUGGGCUUUCAUGGUAAUGAAAUUCUUUUUUACACUUUCUGAAGCCAAAUUUUAAUUCGAUCAUCUGUGUCAUGUAAUAUGAGAGAAAAUACAGUGUGCACAUGUUCUUAUAGUGGCAGCUGGGAUAGUGAUAGAUUUUAAAAAUACACCACAUUAGUAUUAGACAAACAUUCACACUGCAAGGAAUCCUUAUAUUUAUAAUGCAAUAGAUGUUUAAUAAUUUAUUUUGUACAAAAUCUUCAAUAUUAUGCAUGUAUUGUGAUCAAUAUUGAUGUAUUUUAUUUUCAAAAUGUGAAUUCGAACUUGCAAGUAUUCCAGUCAGAGAGAAAAGGCGAAACGCAAAUAUUAUCUUCCAUUUACACAUGUAAAUAAUUGUCAUAUGUCUAAUAAAGUUCC